UUUUUUUUUUUUUUUAAUAUUUUUUUUUUUUUUUUAUACACACCGACAUUGAACACAUCAUGGAGAUAGGAGUCCGCAUCCUCUUGGCUUUUCUCUUCAACCAGGUUGCUCUUGCUGGUGGCCAAGAGGAUGGAGGCCAUGAGGGCUGUGUGCCUGGCUUUCAGGUCAAACACUACCAGGUGGCUUUCACUGGACCUUUCCUAAAAGGCCAGUCGCUUUUACAAGUUGAGUUUGAUGAUUGCGAGGGCAACGAGGAUGUGACGUUCGAGGUGUCGGAUCCCGGCUUCUACGUGGACGGGGAUUUGAACCUGGUUCCUCAGCGAGAUGUCCAGUACAGCGGGCCGCUCCUGUUCAUUCACGGGCUCAGUGCACAUGCAGAUGACAUGGCGCAGGUGGACAUCACCGGAGGCCCCGUUCCGUUGCAUCACACUCUAAGGGAUAUCCUUGGUCUCGGGCAGAAACAGCCGUAUAGAUCUAAGAGAUCCCUGCUGGUCCCUCCCAUGAGUGUAACUGAGAAUCAGAGGCCCCCCUUCCCCAGAAUCAUCGGCCGGUCUCAUGUUAUUUCAACUGAGAAGCCAGGGAACCAUAUCUUCCGACUGACAGGGCCCGGUGCUGACCAGGAUCCCAAAGGUCUCUUCACUAUUGACAUCGACACAGGAGAUGUGUCCGUCAGCCGCUCACUGGACCGAGAGGCCAUUGACUCCUACCAGCUGGAGGUUUCAACCACAGACUUCAGUGGAUACCUUGUGGAGGAACCAGCCAUGCUCCUGAUCUAUGUCAUCGACCAGAAUGACAACCGGCCCAUCUUCAAAGAGACGCGUUACACCGGAGAGGUCCUCGAGGGAUCCCCAACAGGAACCACAGUGAUGACAAUGACGGCGUUCGAUGCAGAUGACCCCGCCACUGAUAACGCUGCACUGCGCUACAACAUUGUGAGGCAAUCCCCUGACAAACCGUCCCCGAAUAUGUUCUACAUCGACCCGGAAAGCGGCGACAUCGUCACCGUCAUCUCCCCGAAGUUACUCGACAGAGAGACUCUGCCAACAACUACAUACGAAUUGGAAAUCGUCGCCAAGGACAUGGCAGGAAGUGAAGUGGGUUUAACUGGAACUGCCACGGCGACCAUCACCAUCACAGACAAGAACGACCAUGACCCCGAGUUCACGCAUCCACUGUUUGAGGCGUAUGUGUACGAGGGGUCGACCGGUGUGGUUGUCAACCUGACAGUAGAUGACAGAGACGAUCCAGCCACAGGGGCAUGGCGAGCUAUCUUCUCUAUAAUUAAAGGAGAUCCUACGCAGAGUUUUGAGAUCCAAACCAACCCUGACGAUAAUGAGGGAAUGCUGUCAGUUGUCAAGCCUCUGGACUACGAAGGCACGGCGUUCCACACUCUGCUCAUCAAAGUAGAAAACGAGGACCCGUUAGUCCCCGAAGUCGGCUACGGUCCCAGCUCCACGGCCACGGUCCACGUCACCGUCCUGGACAUCAAUGAGGGCCCUGUGUUUUUUCCGGAUCCACUGACAGUCGCUAUGAUGGAGAACAUCCCCGUGGGCAGCUUCGUGGCCUCGCUCAACGCUACGGAUCCAGAUAUAUUACAGACCCAGAGCAUCAGGUAUGCUAUUCUGCGAGACCCAGCAGGCUGGCUGAGUGUGAACCCGGUCAGAGGAACUGUCAACACUUCGGCCUCGCUGGACCGUGAGUCUCAUUACGUCCACGACAAUAAAUACACAGCUGUCUUCAUCGCCACAGAUAACGGUAACCCUCCAGCCACAGGAACUGGCACAUUGAUCAUCUACCUGGAAGACUACAACGAUAACGCCCCCUAUGUGGUUCCAUCAGUAGCAAGAGUAUGCGAGGACGCCCAUGACAUCAAUGUCGCUAUUGUCGGGGGAAGAGACAAGGACCUCCCGCCCAACGGUGCACCCUUUAAGAUAGAACUGGGAAAACAGCCCGGCCUCGACAAUACAUGGAAGGUCACCAGGGUCAACUCCACACACUCCCAAAUCAUGCUUUUGCACAGUCUGAAGAAAGCCAACUAUCAGCUACCGUUGCUCAUCACUGACUCGGGGGUGCCGCCUUUGUCCAACAACACAGAGGUCAAAGUUCAGGUGUGCGUGUGCAAGAAGAACAAGAUGCACUGCAGCUCCGCCCACUCCCACAGCACUAGCCUUCUCGUGCUGCUCGGGACGCUCCUGCUCACCCUAUUCUGCCUGUAGAUCCUGCUGAAAACUUCCCGUAGUCCUUUUUUUGCAACACUGAAAAGCAACGACUUAUCUCCCCCACGCAACCCAGGCUUAGGAGAGAAGAAGAAGAAGAAAAUGAAAAAAGAAGAAGAAGAAGCGAGAAGAAGUCUUCUCACCAUGACAAAUCAAAUAAGAAAACACACAAUCCCUGCUGGCACAACUGCUGUAUAACACCACUCGGAAUUUCUCAAAGAAAAAAAAAAAAAAAAAAGAAAAAAAAAACCCUCUCACUUCCCCUCUCGCUGUGUCUCCUUUUUCUUCAUCUUUACUUUCCUUGUUGCAUCUGUCUGUCUGUCUGUCUGUGCUACUGUCAUCUCAUAUCGUCAUCUCUUCUGACUCUCUUUCUCACUUCAUUCAUUCAUCCUCAACCUUUUUGUUUUGGUUUUCAUUGUAUUUCCUUACUUACAUUUCCAGACCAACCCUCGGUGUUAAAGCAGCAUUCACACAUUUAACAACACUCCGCAUCCGUAGGAGAUACUUGAAACCACGCAUUUACUCAUCAUGUAACGACACGAUAAAGCUAUAAUUCUACAUCAUAUUGGACCUCUCCUUUAACCCUCAGCCUCAUCCAUCCAUCCUCCCUUCCUUCUCCUUCCUCUCAUGGCUACCUCUUCUUCCUCCCUCAUCUGUUUCUUCUGCCCCGUCGCUGCUUCUUCUCUAUUUUCCCCGCUCAUCGUCAUCGUCCAAGUAUCUAUCUACCCCACCCCCCCUCCCCUUCCCCCAUCUCCCCAUCAAUCUAUCGUAUCUAUAUCUAUCUACUAUCUAUAUCGACCUCUCUCUCUCUCUUUCUCUGUCUUUCGGUGGGCCAGGGAACACUGCGAAGGCUGAGCUACCGUCCUGGUCGGGGAAGAGCAUUGACUUUUUUUUGAUGUGUUCUUUUCUUUUUCUCGUCACAGACUGUGUUUGAUCUUGUUUCCCUCUUUAGGUGAAGAGAACAAAGCCUGUGUCUUUGUCUGCAGUGGUUGUGGUCGUUUAGGACAAGGUGGUAGCCAUAAGCCUUCAAAGUCAGUAACUCUCUGGAGUUGUUUCUUCGAUUUGCUUCUGUUUUUAUUGCAUUAGUUGUCAUGGAGUGGAAAACCGUAUAUCUUUAUAGUAACGGUGUAAACCUUAAAAAAAAAAAAAAAAUACUAUUAUAUAAAUAUUUUAUUUUUUACCAUUGUAUAAAUAUACAGUAUUGAUUAACUUAUGUACUUUGAUUGCAAGUUCUUUGGUCACCCACACAGUGAUUAAAUAAAAAAAAAAGAGGAAACCUUUUUUCUGUGAAUUUUAGGCACUAUUUCUAAUGCUAUUGAUGUGUUGAGUAUUUUCUUGUAACAUCUUUUUUUUUCUGUUUUUAUUUUUCUGUUUUGUUUUUUUAAAUCUGUGAUUAAUUGCAGAAUCAGGUGUCUUACUUUGACGACUGCCAUGUGUUUAGGUUCGGUUUGUCUAUUGUCAACUCUGCCCCUCUUCCUGUUUCCAUUUUCUCGUUACGAGUCAGAAGAAGAAGAUGUGUAAAGAAGAAAAACACAGGCGGUUUGUGGUUUUGGUGGGUAGUUUCGCUUUUUUCUCUCGCGCUCAUCGACAGAACGUAGCGUGUGUGGGUUCGUGUGGAAGACCACCGUAAAGUAAAAGAUGACAUUUUGAAUGAGUUAUGUCUGUCUUUUGCACUAAUUUAAUAAAGCCGUUACUGAAAAAUUCCCA